AGACUCUCUCUCUCCUCAAACUCUCUUUAUAUGAUAAAUAAAAACCCAACCAUUGCCUCCAAUCGAUCCACUCAUCACUUUCCUCCACUAACUCUCUCUCUCUCUCUCUCUCAAUUUCUUUUCGAAAACCCAAACAAAUCUCUCUCUCCCCAGAUUCUCCAAGGAACAAGGAUUUUCCCUGUUCAAAAUCUGUAUAACCUGAAACCUUCCCCGUGGAAGUUUCUCCGACAAGUCGUACGAGGAAAUAGAACUUGAAGUUAAUACAAUGAUUGGACAAAGCUUUGCGGAUGAGAUGGAUUGUGGCAACUUCUUCGACAACAUGGAUGAUCUUAUCGACUUCCCGAACGAAGACAUCGGUCUCGGGUUCGGGAUGGGAGACAACGACGUAUUCCCGAGCAUCUGGUCGGCUCAGCCCGAGUCGUGGCCCGGUUCUGACCAGCUGUUCUCUUCCAAGAACAACUCGGAUUCCCCCACUGAGCUCUAUGUUCCGUUUGCGAACAUUGUUCAGUUGGAGCAGCCUUCAGGGUUCGUGGACGAUUCUUGCUCUGACAAGAAGGGAGAUUCCUCAUCCAUUGACACCGAGUGUCGGAGCUCGAGCCCCGUGUCAGUGCUCGAGAGCAGCAGCUCCUCGUCCCAAACCGCGAAUCUCGCCGAACCAAUCACCGGAAAGCUCGGCCGUCCACGCACCAAACGCCCCCGUCCGGUGAUCCAAGAACCGAACGAAGAAGAGAAAGAACGAGAGAGCAAUGCCUUCUCCGGAUUCAGCGGGGCCGAGUCUCGUCUCGUGAUCAGGAUCCCGAAACACUUAAUUUCCGAGCACGAGAAUUCGUCGAAGAAGAAGAAGAAGAAAACGGCCAAGGUCUCUCCUUCUUCUUCUUCCUCUUCGUCGUCCUCCUCGUGCCUCGAUCAGGACCACGGGCCUUCUUCCUCUGAUAAACCCGUCAGGAAAUGUAUGCACUGUGAAGUGACCAAGACUCCGCAAUGGAGGUUAGGGCCGAUGGGGCCGAAGACUUUAUGCAACGCUUGCGGCGUGCGUUACAAGUCGGGACGGCUCUUCCCUGAGUACCGGCCGGCGGCUAGCCCUACGUUCAUGCCAUCUCUCCACUCCAACUCUCACAAGAAAGUCGUCGAAAUGAGAAGCAUGAGAUGCAAUGGGAACGCCAUUGAUGAUGAGCUGAUUCCAAACAACAACGCCCACAUCGCCAUAGACUAUGUCUGAAGACGAUCAUCAUUUCUUUGGGAACCCAUGAGAGGAAACUCUUCUGGGUUUCCAUGAUUCAGUUUGUUCUUUUUCUUUCCAAGUCUUUUUGGAGUCAUUAGGAAUAUUUGUCAAAGGGUUUCCGGCCAGAGCGCUUCAGCUUAGAGAGAGAUUAAGAGGGCAAUUAAGGGGUUAAUUAGAAAUUCAUUGCAAUUUAGUGGAUGGGCUUAAGAAUUUUUGGAGGGGUUAAGAUAGUGAAGUUAAUUAGGGUUGUGAGUUUUGCUUUAGAUCUUCCAUUCUUUUGUAUUUUUGUAUUAUUUCCUUUUGUUUUUGUAUGGAUAGCCAUUUUAAAUCA